AUGGAUAUCGAUGAAUUUCUCAACGAUCCAUUCGAGGACGCAUUGCGACCCAGAAAUGCCAAUACACCCGAGGCAGACCUACAAGCUUUAACAAGAGCAUGGAUUAAUGAGCGUGGAGCUCCAGAGAUUCUACCAUGGCCUCCCAAUAAUCUCGUCGAGCGAGUUACAGAACGAAUCAAAAAGCAAAUCGAGAAAGUAGAAGAAUUAACUGGAGAUAUGGAUCCGAAGACCAAUUUUGGUCUAAUAUGUUUACAAACGGAGUUGGAGAGGUGGAAGUAUCUAAUUAGAGGAUUGGUCAGGGCUAGAAUCGCAAAGAUUGAUGUGCAUACUUUACACUAUCUGAGUAACGAAGACCUUCGAGCACGAUUAUCGGAAACCGAAAUUGCGUAUGCUACGAGACAUCAACAGCUAUUGCAUAACCAUUACUUAUCGAGUUUCUUGGGGAGUUUCCCGAGCACAUUACAGAAUUUAAAUGAUCAAGCUGGAGGUAUUUCUAUGAUUAGUGGACCGGAUGAAGAUACAGCGGUAUUUGCAAGAGGUACGGGAAGUUACGAAGAGUUUUCUGGUGAUGGUGGUAGCGUAUCUGUUUUGGGAAGAGGGAGAGAUGGUGAUGAUGUUAAAGAUGUUGGGAGAGGGGAAGUUGUGAUUGCGAGAUGGUCGGAUAUUAAGGAGCAUGUUGAGAGGGGAGAAAUGGAAUUGGUCUGAAGAGAGGUGCACUAACGACAAGAUGCACCAUGCACUGUGCUCCUCGCCAUCUUCAAUGACGAUAAACGACAAUGCUGCCAAUAAUGGCGCUUGUGGUGCGAUUUACCCAUCCGAAGCUCUCUCGUUUGGCGACUCCUCUACUUGCUUGUGUCGCCGAGAAACAUUUUGUCCCAAACAUUACCAUGGCUGGGGCUCUCGUUGGAAUUCACACCUAUUGCGAAUUAUCACACUUUAUGAACAGCUAAUAGGGUAUUACCUGGAAAUACAUCAUUUUGUAUCAGGGGAGACAAAGAGAUAUCAGAAAGAUUCGAGAAAGGAAUUUCGCACCUUUCUCAAUUAACUCACUCAGCAAAUUUGCAGUUCCGUCUCGAGGGGUAUUCAGAAGACCUGCUCCAUCUAGAGCAGAAUUUUAUGGAUUAACUCUUACUUAUGAGAUAGGCAAGUAAAAGCCGACACCUGGGUAUACAGACUCCAAUAAGGAAUUAGAAGUACUCGAUAAUGAGAGUUCUGGCUCACAUAUUUCGCUAAUGUUAAUUCCGUGAGUGUUUGCACGUGAAAAAGCAAUUUAUUUUCCUCAAGUAUCCAUGUAUUCCAAUGCAUUGAUUCAAGCGCAAGUAUAUAUGUAUGUAUUCAAGCUUUAGCGGUCCGGGUUCAGAAGGAGAAGAGGAAGCAACAAAAAACGCAUGAAACUUUUUUGUCUACAUUUUCACAGAAGUGUUCGAUUUCCGGUACUUCACGUCAUACAACUGGGUGUUGAAAGGUGAUUCUUAGAAUA